AAGCCGGCACUGGGACCGAACAGGGAGACUCGCCGCAGAGGAGAGAGGGGCGCCGAGCGGAUCAGCAAAAACAGGCUUAUGGAUAGCACCGUGGCAACACAAAACAGGUCAUUUGGACCUUCAGAAGAUCUCAAGCCUUUAAUGGGGUGCUCUGAACUUGUUUCCCCAUUUAUCGUAACCAAAAAAGUAGAUGUGAGCCCUAAAGAGGAACCCUUGGAAUGGCUGAUAUCUGAUGUGAGAUCUAUAGCUGAACCACGACUUGAAAUCAUUUCUGGAAAAUGUCUUAGAUCAGAAUCAUUUUUAUUGAAAAUAGGGCAGGGUAUUAAGGGUUUGGUGCCCAAUGCACAAGAUUUUAGCUCAGUAGUUACUGACAUAGAUAUUGAAAAAAAACAGUUCGAAGAAACCCCAUGUGCAUUAGGAGAAUUGGAGAAAGAAGUGCAAAAAGUGAACAAUGUGUGGAAUUAUACACAAGAACUGAAGCAUGUGAAACAUGAGAGCGAAGUAGGAUGCUUGCACGUAAAAGCUGAACUCAGCAGUACUGAGAUCUUUAACCAGAUGCUUGUGCCAAGAACGAGCAAUCUCCUUUCAAAUAAAUCAUGUCAUCCACCAUCUCUGGCCCCUGAGCUGCUCUUUAAGUGCGAGACAUGUGAUAAAGUCAUGAAGAAUCUGGCAAGCUUGCGGGAGCACCAGAGAAUACAUACGGGAGAGCGUCCCUUCAAAUGCAAGGUGUGUAAAAAGCAUUUUAUCCGUUGCGCAGACCUCAUCAAACACGGCCUGGUUCAUUCCAACAGUCGUCCACACGGGUGCAAAGAAUGUGGGAAGAAAUUUAAAUUGGCUGGAGACUUGCGCAAGCACAGCAAAGUGCACUCUGAUCAAUUUCCUUUCAAAUGUGAAUCGUGUGAAAAAAAGUUCAAGAGGGCAGCCUGCCUUAAUAAACACAUGCGCGUCCACACCGAGGAGAAACCAUUCCCUUGCCCUGUAUGUGGCAAACGCUUCAAGUGGCAGUCAUCUGUAAGAGAGCAUCAAAGGAUCCACUCAGGAGAGAAACCUUUUCAGUGUCCAGACUGCAUGAAGAGGUUCACUCACUUGUCCACUUUCCUCCAGCACAACAGGAUUCAUAAGGAGAGUGCUGCCUUCACCUGUGACAUUUGUGACAAAUCUUUUAACCACAAGUCAAACCUUCGGAAACACCAAAGAGCACUUCACACGUGAUUGUAUCUGUAUUAAUGGGGGGAUGCCCUCUUGAGACUGACUUUGUUAAAAAGUGUGGUUAUACAUUAUGCACAAUAGCGGUUAAAUUAAAGCAACUUGUCACUGUAAACUAAAAA